AUGUGAAUGAAUGUAUUGAAAUGUCUUCUCCUUGCCCGCAAAACAGUACAUGCGAAGAUACUGAAGGUGGAUAUUUAUGUACAUGUCUGACAGGAUUUGAGAAAAAUUCCACUGGUUAUUGUGAAGACAUAAAUGAGUGUACUCUAUCAUUAUCUGAUGGUCGUCGUCAUAAUUGUAGUAUUCAAGCCAGUUGUCACAAUAUACCUGGUAGCUUCCAGUGUACAUGUAAUGAAGGAUGGCAUGGAGAUGGUGAAACAUGUCAAGAUAUUAAUGAGUGUGAUGAUGUGUACUUGACUGAUUGUGAUCCACAGACAGCAAACUGUUUAAACACACUUGGUAGUUAUACAUGCACAUGUGUUGAUGGGUAUGAGGGAAAUGGAACCAUUGGAAGUUGCACCAAUAUCAAUGAAUGUUUACUAUCAAUUGAUGAUUGUCCACGUGACAUGUCAGAUUGUGAAGAUACGGAAGGUUCGUACAGAUGCUCAUGUAAGAAGGGGUAUGAAGAUGUGAUUGGUAAAAAUAGAAAUUGUACAGAUAUCGAUGAGUGUACACGACAUACUGAAUCGUGUGAUGUUAAUUCCUUUUGCCGCAAUCUCAUUGGUUCGUUCGAAUGUAUUUGCAAUAAUGGUUAUCUUAUGAAUGCAGAUAACAUUUGUGAAGAUGAAAAUGAAUGCCUUAUUUCUAGUCAAAAUGAUUGUAACCCAACAAAUAACAUAUGUGAAAACACAGAUGGUAGUUACAUCUGCUUAUGUAAACUUGGAUACACUGGAGGUGACAGCAAUUGCACUGAUAUUGAUGAAUGUGGUCUUGAAACACACACGUGUCCACAGAACUGCACCAAUGCAGAAGCAAAUAAUGACAACGUUGAUGGAUAUAUCUGUUUGUGUUUCGAUGGAUUCGAGGAUCAGGGUACAUCGGGAAGAAAUUGCACGCCUGAGGAGACUUGUUCAAACAACAGUUGUGUAAAUGGUAUAUGUUAUAUGCGUGAUGGCGUUCAAAAAUGUCAUUGUAAUCAUGGAUACGAGUUGGAUGCGGACCAGAAAACAUGUUUACAAAUAAAUGAAUGUGUCAAUGGUACUCAUAUGUGUUCCCAUAAUUGUCAUGAUGUGACACCAGGCUAUAUUUGUUCGUGCCGUGAAGGAUAUAUGUUAGGUGUUGAUAAAAGAUCUUGUUCAGAUAUUGACGAAUGUAUUGAUAAAACACACAACUGCACAGCACUAGAAGAGUGUAUUAAUACUGAUGGAGGUUUCAAAUGUGUUUGUCUUCCUGGCUAUGGUUCUGGCAGUGGAAUGUGUGAAGAUGUUGAUGAAUGUCAGAGUAACACUUCCAUGUGUCACGUGAAUGCCACGUGCACAAAUACCAUUGGUCAGUAUGAAUGUGAUUGUAACGAUGGAUUUAGUGGUAAUGGUGUGAUAUGUACAGACAUCAAUGAAUGCAGUGGCGAUCCAUAUCCAUGUCCAGAUCAUUCAGUAUGUGACAAUGUUGUUGGCAAUUAUACGUGUACUUGUGAAACAGGUUUUCAAAGAGACGAGUAUGUAUGUGUUGAUAUAAAUGAAUGUAAUAAUGUAAGCUGUGAUGCGAUGGCUGAUUGUGUGAAUACUAUCGGUUCUUAUUACUGUGAGUGUAUUGCUGGUUAUGAAGAAGAUGAACACAACACCUGUAAUGACGUCAAUGAGUGCGUGUUAGGAAGAGACAGCUGUGAUGUCAACAGUGAAUGUCAGAACACACCAGGAUCGUAUAUAUGUGAUUGCAAUGAUGGUUAUUCAUUUGUUGACCCCUUAUCCUGUCAAGAUAUCAAUGAAUGCCUGAUGAGACCUUGUGAUGGGAAUGAAAGAUGUGUCAACUACCCUGGUAGUUACCAAUGUCAGUGUCAACCUGGAUACUACAGGGAAGAUAAUGGCAAAUGCAAACAAUCCAAAGCUUUCAAUGUGUCAAUGAUACUUACGUCAGUCGGAGGUGUCAGUCUUGUGGAUUUCAAUGAUGACCUAGCUUCACCAAGUUCGGAACUGUAUAAUAAUAUAACGACCACAUUGGAAGAUGAUAUAAACACACUGUUUUCAAAUUCAGAAAUAUCUUCUGAUUAUUUGAGCACGACAGUAGUUGUAUAUGAAGACAGAGAUGGUGGGACAUUGGUACGGUGUUUGGUUAACUUACACAGUAUGUCCACAAAAACCUCAGAUGAUCUCAUUUCGGUAUUUACUGAUGGACCAGCACAGGAUGGAACGCUGAUUGGAAAUUCAACAUAUAUACGUCACGAUUCAUUUGCAAGCAAUAACAUUAUUAUCAACCGCUGUUUGGAUGCCACUGAUUCCUGCGUUGGAGGUGAAGUCUGUGUUUUUACUGGAAACAACACAUAUGACUGUGAAUGUGCACCCGGGUAUAAUGUUUCUGUCUUAUCUGGAAAAUGUAUAGACGUUGACGAGUGUAUCGAUGAACCAUGUGAUUCAGAGUAUCAAUGUAUAAACACUGCAGGCAGUUAUAAAUGCACAUGUCUUCCUGGGACAUUUAAUACAAGUGGAAAAUGUGAAGAUUCCAAAACAUUUAAAUCACAUGUGAAAAUUAAUGAAGACUACAAAGACGAGUAUGAUGACACAUCGUCAGCAGAAUAUAAGAAUAUUACAAGACUAUUCAUUGAAGCAAUGAGAAUUGCUCACACUGACACUACUAAAACAAGAACUGACUACCAAGGCUGCCAUGUACAGAAGCUAAGCCGUGGCAGUGUUAAUAUAGAUUAUAUAUUAUAUUUAAAAAAAGAUACAGAUAUAAGUGUGUCAGAUUUGAAAGACGUUCUCGCCAAUUAUGAUGAGGUCAUUAAUGUUACAUCUAGCACCAGGAUUAUGUUUUUUGAUAACUCUAUGUCCUUCCAAGAAUAUGACCAACGUGCCUGUGACAGUGACGCCACACAUGAUUGCAGUGUUGAUGCCAAUUGUAGAGAUGUAGAAGACAGAUUCCAUUGUAAUUGUAAUAGCGGAUAUGAAGACGAAUCUCUUGAAAGACCAGGAAGAAUAUGUACAGAGGUUUGUCCUACAACCUAUUGCUUUAAUGGGGGAACUUGUGUUGGAGAUAGUAUCAAAGACCGCACAUGCGAAUGUCCCGAAGGAUAUGUAGGAGAUAUUUGUAGUGAAAAGUCAACAAUGCUCCCUACAAAUAAUUUAGAGCGAUUUUUGGGAAUUUCAAUUGGUACAACGUUUGGUAUAAUCCUUAUUGCCGUGGUGAUCUCGGUCACAUAUUAUUGUCUAGUACGCCGAAGGCGAGAUGGAAAAGCAGGAAACCCGUCUUCUGCACUGUGGGGACGCGUGAAAGAAUAUGAACAACGCAAGAUGUGGGGAUACCAAGAUGAUGACACUCUUAGUGAUAUUUCAUGGCAUUCACAACAGGACGAACAAAUAAAACACAUUGCGAAGGUCAUGGGACAAGCACCAAGGUUUGAAAAGUUUAAUGACACACCCUCCAUGGGAUCAACCGACUAUGACAACAAAUUGUUUAUGCCACCAUACGCCACCGUGCAAACCAAGAAUCAAGAUUCAACCCGUACUAAG